AUGAGCACCUUUGGCAGUCCGGGCGGCGGCAGCAUCGCGACGAAACCGACACCGCCACAGCGCGGCAGCUUUCCUUUGGACCACGAGGGCGAGUGCAAGCGGGUAAUGAUGGACUACCUCAGCUGCAUGAAGAAAGUAAAGGGCAUCAACGAAGACGAGUGCCGGAAUCUGGCCAAGGCGUACCUGGGAUGCCGGAUGGACAGAAAUCUCAUGGCGAAAGACGACUUCAAGAACUUGGGAUUCCAAGAAAAAGACGACCAGGCUGGCACUGACAAGGGCGGCAAGGCAAAGAACGAGACCAAGACACCAGGCGAGCUGCGAUGGUGA